GUAUCUUUUGAAUGCACGGCGAUCGGUGUUUGGGUUUAAAGGAAAAUGCAAAGGAAAUAAAAGCAUAACUGAAAACUACCAGGAAGUGCAUUCUGUAAAGGAGACAGGAAAUUCCGGCUGCGGCUAAAAGAGGCUGCUGCUGCUGCGCUGCCGCUGAUAAAGUCUUGUUGUGAUGUGUCUGUGACGCGGCGUCGGUGGCGGCUGUGGAGGCGGCGGCGGCGCGCGCCAUCCUUUCAAUAUCGAUUUCCGCGGGCGUAUGUUGACCCAAACCGGUACAAAUAAAUACAAGGAUCUGCAGAACCAAACAAGUGUGGCGGCCGUGCGUUCCGACCCAUCCGAGGUGUCAUCUGAUGUAACAAACUGCAGUAAAGAUGACAUCGGCCGAAGGAGUCGCAGCAGACAAUCAACUGACGCCUCAGACGCCCGUCCUGACGGUGGCCUGCAGGAUCCUGAGAUCGCCGUCCCACGAGAGCGUCACCACAGAUUUAUCACUGUUCUCGGUAUCAACUGUGGCCUCCGACGUCCACGCAGGAAGGAGGCUUCUCAGCUUCAGCAAGAGUGACCAAUUCGUCAGAGGUAACAGUCCAAAUCCCGAUACCAGAGCUGUCAGCAAUAGACCAGCGGAUAUACCAGAGAUUCUCUGGUUCGAGGAAGAGACUGAUCUGAUCCGCAGCUGCGCGGCACUCUGCUCGGCCGCCGGUCUUCAGAAGAGCUUCAGCACAAGCGACAUCAGCCAGUUGCCGUCUCCGGACGAGACACCCGGUGCUACACCUGGUAUCAGGUGUGUCUCGGAGCUGGCGCUGAACAAUCUUCAGAGGUCGGGAUUCCUGCUCGAGAACAGCAGGUUGGACCACACGUCCAGAUCCUGCUCGACCUGGGUGGCCGUCGGCGACAUAGCUUCCACAUCGCAACUGCCGUCGCCGCACGGCGGUACCUCCGUGGCUGCAACCGCUACAGCUUCUCAGUCGACCGCGCCGCCUCCGCCAGUCUUUACCGCCGCCGAUUUCAUACGAUCGGUCAACAAAAAGGUGAGACAGAACUACAUCAGAAGGAGGCUUCUGAUGACAUACAAAGCUUUGGAGCGUCUUUCGCAGAGCGAAUUCAACCUCGAUCGCAUCGAAGUGACACCGUCAACGGCUGCAGCGAGCGUCAGCAACGCCGAGUGCCAGAACACCGUGAACACUGGCCCCGUCCGUCUGACGGUGCCUGGAACCUCACCGGUGGCGAAGACGUCGCCCAUCAGUAGCGCCAACGCUGCAGUCCUCAGGGUCGUCAAGCAGAGGGCCAACCAGAACCUACCGCUCACUCUCAGAGACAUCGAAAGGGAACGCGGCAAACCUCUUUCCAAGUACGAAAGAAACAUGAUGAUCUUCAACUGGCUGCACACGCUGGACGAGACGGCCGUCGUCGAAGGCAUCCCAUGAAUGUUUACUUAACUAACUCCUUAAGAUCGCUCACUGCUCGUUGGUGCUACUGGUUAUUACGUUGACUUUUUCCUCCAAACGGUUUCCGCGAUACAUUCGAGUUCGUUGUUCGCAAUAUCCGGAAGCCUCAUCAAAGAACAGAUCUGCUUUCUCGUUAUACAUAUAAAUAAUAUAUAUAUUAUAAAUAAAUUGAUUGAUUGAUCUAAUAAAAAUAAGUAUAAACAUCUAAUAUAUAAAGAAAACCAUAUCUAGCGUUACCAGAUCUUCGGAUCGCUAUAGACCAACAAACUAGUACUCUCAUUAUUCUUCAGUUUCUUUUAUGUCUGUGGUAAAAUACUUGAUCCGUCUGGUAACUCUAAACAAUCUCUCGUGUAGAUAUACA